CAAUGCGCACGCGAUCUUCCACAAUGACAGCAACAACAAUAAAUAAAACGCAAGCCAACUGGAGUUAUGCAACAACACUUUGGCUUCCCCUGACAUUGCUGGCAGUCCUGGGCUGCUGUCAGGCAGCCAGCGUAAGCCUCCAUCUGCAGCCGCUGGAGAGCUCAGCGAAUAUACUGAAUGACAGCCAGAUUGUAGUGCGACCGCUAUCGUGGCUAAGGAGCGCUCAGGAUAUGUUCGCCAGCCCGGCAGGUCAUGUUGUUGUACAGGUGGCCAAAGAGCUGCUGCAUCGCUCAGCGGGAAAUAGUCAAGUGCUCAGCUUGAAUCUGACCAAUUUGCUGAUUAUUGUGCUGCUUAAGGUGCUGAUCUUUUCGGCUGGACUACUGGGGGCGGGCCACUGGAGCGGCUAUGGCCAUGGCUAUGCGCGUUCCGCAUCCCGCAUCGACGGAACCUAUGGCCUGGGUAUCACCUCAGGCGAUGACUAUCUUAUAAUGGGUUUCUUAGCUGCCCAGGGAGCCGGCCACGAUGACUGCCUGUAUGCCGCAGCCUGUGCAUGUCCAAACGCGGCCUACGAGUACGCCAAGGCGGCCCGUGCGCUGCUGGGCGCCAUUCAAAUAUUCCAGGGCGUACCCUUGGAGAAGCCGCGCUAUAAUGAUCUCAUCGUGCUGAUGGAGCGCGCCGCCUACGAUGGCUAUCGCGGAGCCAGCUGCAACACCACCCAAUCCUGCGAUGGCCUCUUAUAG